AAAAGGAAAAACAAUUUUUUUUAAAGAGUUUAAUCAGUUUCAAUGGUGUCUGGACUUAUUCCGAAGCUGGCGGGUUUCGGUUCGCAGUUGAGGACGAUGUCGGGCCGUGGCGGUGGUAAGCAGAGGACUUACUCUGCAAACCCUAAGGACUACAAGCUCAUGGAAGAAGUCGGCUUUGGCGCCAGUGCUGUCGUCUAUCGAGCGAUCUAUCUGCCCACUAACGAAGUCGUCGCUGUCAAGUGUUUGGAUCUCGAUCGCUGCAACAGCAAUCUGGACGGCAUAAGGAGGGAAUCCCAUACGAUGAGUUUGAUAGACCAUCCAAAUGUUAUAAAGUCGUUCUGUUCAUUUGUCGUCGAGCAUAAUCUUUGGGUCGUCAUGCCAUUUAUGGCACAAGGUUCUUGCUUUCACCUUAUGAAGGCAGCAUACCCGGAUGGAUUCGAAGAAGCGGCUAUUUGUUCAAUUCUGAAAGAGACUCUUAAAGCUCUCGGUUACCUUCAUAAGCAAGGGCAUAUCCACCGUGAUGUUAAGGCUGGAAACAUACUUCUUGAUGAUAAUGGAGAGGUUAAGCUCGCUGAUUUUGGUGUCUCUGCAUGCUUGUUUGACAAUGGUGAUAGGCAACGUGCAAGAAACACUUUUGUUGGUACUCCGUGCUGGAUGGCACCAGAGGUCCUGCAGCCAGGAAGUGGAUACAAUUCUAAGGCCGAUAUCUGGUCAUUUGGUAUAACGGCACUGGAGUUGGCGCAUGGUCAUGCACCAUUCUCAAAAUAUCCCCCCAUGAAGGUUCUCUUAAUGACUAUCCAGAAUGCGCCUCCUGGCCUUGAUUAUGACCGUGACAAGAAGUUUUCUAAGUCCUUUAAAGAAAUGGUUGCAAUGUGUCUGGUGAAAGAUCAAACGAAACGGCCAACAGCUGAAAAAUUGUUGAAGCACUCCUGUUUCAAAAACGCGAAGCCUCCUGAGCUUUCUAUGAAAAGAUUAUUUACCGAUUUGCCACCACUUUGGAUACGUGUAAAAGCUCUUCAGGCCAAGGAUGCUCAACAGCUUGCUUUGAAGAGAUUGGGCUCUGCUGACCAGGAGGCUAUAUCAAAGAGUGAAUACCAAAGGGGAGUCAGUGCUUGGAACUUUGAUGUCGAGGACUUGAAAGCUCAAGCAUCUCUACUGGAGGAUUAUGAUGACGUAGCUGAGGGUAAAGAAGAACUUUCCCGGGAACAAUUUCAAAACAAGGUGAAUAACAGGGGGCAAGUAUGUGGUAAUCAAUUACUAUAUGAGAAUACGAAUAGGAAGGAAAAGGAUUCAGAUUUUGAGGUGGUAGAACCCAUUUGCGAAGAGAAAACGGAAAUCAAGAAAGAAGCUUCCGUAGAACAAACGGCAUCGAACUCAGAGCAUGAUGUUCCACAGGCCAAGGCUAAACCAGUGAGACGCCAAAGUCAGAGCGGACCACUUUCCCCUGGGAUUGCCUUAAGCAAUUCGGCUUUCGAGAAAGGCCAUGCUUAUGAAAGACUCGAGAGUGAACGACAGACUGCACCAUCAGUCCGGAGGGCACCCAGCUUUAGUGGUCCUCUGAUGCUUCCAAACCGUGCUUCAGCAAACAGUUUAUCGGCUCCUAUUAAAUCUUCAGGAGGAUUCCGUGAUUCUCUUGAUGACAAGUCAAAGAACAAUCUGGUUCAGAUCAAAGGACGGUUUUCAGUGACAUCCGAAAACUUAGAUCUCGCAAAGGAUGUACCAUUAAGUACAGUCCCACGUCGAUCUCCACAGACAUCGCCUCUGAGAAAAUCUGCUAGUGUCGGAGACUGGCUACUGGAGUCUAAGUUGCCAACGAAUCAGUCCGUCAAGGAGUUAAGUAAUAGUCCUGUGUCUCCUUCAUUCCUCAUUCCUCAUCUUCAAAAUCUUAUCCAGCAUACCUCGAUUCAACAGGAUCUUAUUAUGAAUCUACUGAAUAGCUUACAACCUGCUGAGGCGACAGAUGGUUCUCAAAACGGAAAGUUGCCACCUUUGUCUCGAUCAGAAAGCAAUGGAGUUGUUGAACCAGUGGCUUCUGAGAAGGAGAGGUUACUUGCUACGAAGAUCUCUGAGCUCCAGGCUAGGCUGAGCGAAUUGACGGAAGAGCUAUAUGCGGAAAAUUCGAAACACGCCCAACUGGAAGAGCGGUGGAAAUCAGUCGCUGGUGAGGAACACACAAAAAGAGCGCCAUAGAUAGAUAGAGAGAGGUCUCUUUUGUACAUUACAAGGCCACAGAGACUGUGUAUUCAUCAAAGAAGAAGAGACAGAAAAAAAGCAAGAAGCCAUAUGAAUUCUCAGUUGGGGUUUUCAGACAGGAAGAAUGAGCCAACGCGCCAAUGUCGGCUUCUGACCCCAACAAAAAACCCAACGGUUGAAGAAUUGGGAAAUCAAUACAGAAUAAAGGAGAAGGGAAGCUACUACUGGGGGGCACAACAAGCACAACCCUUUUUUUAAAAAAUUGUAUUUUUUAUUUAAUUUGAACGAAAAUUUCACGUUUUUAAAUAAAUUUAUUUCCAUCUGUUUCACUGUUUCUUUC